UUGGCAUCGAUGUUUUCCCACCUCUUACCUAUAUCGCUCCGCCAUUUUACGCUGACAAUUUUUUCGCAAGAUUGGAGAAAAUAGUUCGUUCGCGAGUAGAAUGUAAAUAGCUUUGGAUUUCACCCACGGACGAUAGCGUGCAAAGGUUAUUACCUUACUAAUUGUUGAGAGGGAGUGAUUUCCCGGGAAAAGCCAGGAGCAGCACGCCGGUUUUGCUCCGGCUUGCUCUGAAAACUGUACGAAGCGCGAGUGCGACAAAGACGGAACGAGUACCGAGUGUGUUUGUGUGCGUGCGAAAGUUGGAAAAGCGGCGAAAUAUCUGUUAAUACGUCUUGAGAGCACUUUUUCCGGCUGAACAUGGCCGACGUGGUCUUGGAUCUGUACGCGGAGGACCUGGACAAGGACUUUGCCGGGCAGGCUCAGGACGAAUUUGGUGGCGAUGGCGUGGACUUGUACGAUGACAUAGGCGGUCCCACUGAGGCGGCCGCUUCCGGUGGCGGGGGCGGCGGCACGCCCUCCGCUGAUGGAGCCGCCGGACCGGGCUCCGGGGAUUCUGGCGAACGUAUUUCAGGCGGUCCUAAUGGAGUUUACCAUCAGAGCGGUGGUAGUCUUACUCCGACCAUGAACCGCCGUUACCAGCUGUAUGUGGGCAAUCUCACCUGGUGGACCACUGACCAGGACAUCGCCAAUUCGCUGCGAGACAUCGGUGUGAAUGAUCUGCAGGAGGUGAAGUUUUUCGAGAACCGGGCCAAUGGUCAGUCGAAGGGCUUCAGCGUCAUCUCGCUCGGUUCGGAGUCCAGUCUGCGUGCCGUGCUCGACCAGCUGCCAAAGAAGGAGAUGCAUGGCCAGGCGCCGGUGGUAACGUACCCCAGCAAGCAGGCGCUCACCCAGUUCGAGAGUCUGCAGAAGACGCGACCGGUGCCGCCGCCGCAGCAGAAUGGACCGCCGAGGGGUCCGGCACCGCCAAGUAUGGGCGGCGGACCAAUGCCCUCCGGACAUCCGGGUGGACCGCAGGGAGGCGGACCACCUGGCCACCCGCCUCGGGGGAUGAACACCAUCAUGCAGUCGGGUCCGUACCGGCCUCAACACAUGUCGCAGGUGCCCCAGGUGGGCGGACCCAACUCCGGACCUCCACGCAUGCAGCCGCCGAUGCAUCCGCAAGGCGGGCUUAUGGGCAACCAACAGCCGCCACCCCGGUAUCCGUCAGCGCAGGGCCAAUGGCCAGGUCAGCGGCCAGGCGGACCACGACCAGGUCCACCGAACGGACCGCCGCAACGACCAAUGUUCCAAGGAGGACCCAUGGGCAUGCCCGUCAGGGGUCCGCCGGGUCCCGACUGGCGUCGUCCGCCCAUGCACGGCGGCUUCCCGCCGCAGGGUCCACCACGCGGCCUUCCCCCAGCGCAAGGUCCAGGCGGACCGCAUGGCGCCCCCGCUCCCCACGUGAAUCCGGCGUUCUUCAACCAGCCCGGCGGCCCUGCCCAGCAUCCGGGCAUGGGUGGUCCGCCCCACGGAGCCCCCGGACCGCAGCCAGGCAUGAAUAUGCCACCGCAACAGGGCAUGAACAUGCCACCGCAGCACGGACCGCCGCCUCAGUUUGCUCAGCACGGACCGCGCGGUCCUUGGCCGCCACCGCAGGGUAAGCCACCGGGUCCCUUUCCCGAUCCUCAGCAGAUGGGUCCGCAACUGACGGAGGUGGAGUUUGAGGAGGUGAUGAGCAGAAAUCGCACAGUCAGCAGUUCAGCUAUCGCCAGAGCUGUAUCUGACGCGGCCGCUGGAGAAUAUUCGAGCGCUAUUGAAACGCUGGUCACAGCCAUUUCGUUGAUCAAACAGUCCAAGGUGGCGCACGAUGAGCGAUGCAAGAUCCUGAUUAGCUCGUUGCAGGACACGCUGCACGGCAUCGAGGCCAAGAGCUACAAUAGGCGCGAGAGGUCGCGGUCCAGGGAGCGAUCCCAUCGAAGUCGCCAGCGGCGGGAGCGUUCCACAUCCAGGUAUCGCGAGCGUUCUCGGGAGCGGGAGCGUGAUCGGGAUCGCGAGCGUGAGCGGGAUGGCGGCAGCUAUCGGGAGCGGUCACGCAGCAGAGAAAGGGAACGUCAGGCUCCAGAUCACUACAGGGAUGACAGCCGAUCGGUUCGUCCGCGAAAGUCACCGGAGCCGGUGGUCGCCGAGGCUGCAGAGGCGCCAUCAUCGAAGCGAUACUAUGAGGACCGCGAACGAUACCGCUCCUCGGACAGGGAGCGGCGCGACCGGGAUCGGGACCGUGACCGCGAGAGGGAGCGCGAUCGCGACAGGCGAGAGGAGCACCGUUCCCGGCAUUGACUGCCGUAAAUGAAGUAGUUCGAGCAGCGCCAGUGGAUCGUAAUCAAGAGUAAAGAUGAAACACAGAUAAAAGAUAACUAAACACACUCUAUAAACAAACCAUAAGCCGCAGCUUGGUGGGAUGACAAGCUAGCCACAAUUAACAGAUUUUCGAUUUGUAUCUAACAUUACCAAUACGUAGGAUAUGAAUAUGGCAUACAGCAUAGUUCUCCUAGACAUACUAAAAUAAGCCGAAAUGCUGACAAGAUUUUACCAACGACGGACGGGGACUGUCUCUGGAUCUCUCCGACUUCUCAUCCCAGCAUCCUGCUAGCAGCAAUACCGACAGCGAAGUUAGCAGUACGUGGAUCAGUGGAGAAGGCAACGAGACAGUCAGCAUGGGACAUUUUAGACACUGAUGGGCGCUGGAUCAUCAAACAACAAACAACUAGCAAUCCUGCAACUCCGUCGCAGCAGAAUUUCAAUAUUAUUGUACUCUAAAAUUUCGGUUUAUUUAAUAAAACAUAAACGUAUGAAAAAAGAA